AAAAAAAGAAACAGAGUCCAGUGGAGAAACAUAAAGACAAAACACAAAAUGCCCAAAAUAAACUAGAAGAGAGAUAGAGAGGAAGCUUAUCACAUUGUAAAAGCACGAACUUUGAGAAGAGCCUUCAGAGACCCUAAAGAUCCCCCCUCAGAAAUAAAUAAAGGCUAUAACUACUUUAUGUUAUAAUACAACAGUUCCAGCAAUCAAUAAACCUCAGUCCAGAGGUAAGGUUUAAUCUGGUGGGUGUGUGUUGAUCUUCCUCUUAUACCAAUAAUAAUAAUCUCAUCUCUGGGUACUACUUGUCCAGUAUUUUUGGGGCUUUAGGAUAUAAAACCAGAGAGACAGACAAGACAAUCUCAAGGUUAUUUGUUUCUUCAGACAUAAUGAACCACCACCGCCACCAUUUCGUUCCUGACUUCGAGACCGAUGAUGAUUAUGUCAACGCUAACACAAACUCUUCUUCUUCAAAUCUUCCUAGAAAACCCAUCAUGUAAAGGUGAAGAAGAAGAUGGUGAUCUCAUGGAGCUUCUAUGGCACAACGGUCAGGUGGUUCUCCAAAAUCAAAGACCAAACACCAAGAAACAACCUCUUUCUUCCUCUGCUGCUGUCAAGCUUCACAACGGAGCUCCUCCCCCGCCGUUGGAUCAUAAUCUCUUCAUCCAGGAAGACGAAAUGUCCUCAUGGCUUCAUUAUCCUCUCCGUGACGAUGAUUUCUGCUCAGAUCUUUUCUUCCCCGCCGCGCCGUCAUCUGAGAGACAGACCUCGAAUCAGGUCACCGCCGCCAGGCCACCGGUACCUUCGACUGUGAGGCCGCCGGAACCGUCGUCUAUGAGGCCACCGGCACCUUCCCCGGUGAGGCCACCAGCACCGUCGUCUGUGAAGCCUGCGGUACGGAACUUCAUGAACUUCUCGAGGCUGAGAGGGGAUUUCACCGGCGGUAACGGUAGAGGAGAAUCUGGACCGUCGAUUGCGAAGUCGACUGUGAGAGAAUCGGCGAAAGUAAACCCUAGCGCUACACCGGCGUCGUCGGCAGCGAGGGAACCCGAUCUAACACGGCGGACAGACGGCGCUGACAGUCGAGGGGCGGGUGAUUUAGGAUCCAAAUCCGCCGUAGAUGGAGGCGGAGCGUAUACUGUCGGACAUAAUCGGAAGGGAAAGGCAGUGGUCACGACGGAGCGGACGAGUGAGAAUCUCGGUGCAUCGUCUUCUGUUGCGUCGAAGAGUGAAAUCGAGCCACUUGAGACGAUCGUGGAUGAGAGGAAACGAAAGGAGAGAGAAGAAGUUGGCUCGACUGAGUGCCGGAACGAGGAGGCUAAACAAGGACGUGGAUCAUCAUCGACAAAGAGAUCUCGUGCUGCUGAAGUUCAUAAUCUCUCUGAAAGGAAACGGAGAGAUAGGAUCAACGAGAGGAUGAAAGCUCUUCAAGAACUCAUUCCUUGCUGCAACAAGUCAGAUAAAGCUUCAAUGCUUGAUGAAGCUAUUGAGUACAUGAAAUCUCUCCAGCUUCAAAUACAGAUGAUGUCAAUGGGAUGUGGUAUGAUGCCGAUGAUGUACACCGGUAUGCAACAGUACAUGCCUCACAUGGCUAUGGGAAUGGGAAUGGGAAUGGGCGUGGAGAUGGGUAUGAACAGGCCUCCUCCUCCUCCUCCUCCGUUCAUGCCAUUCCCAAAUAUGUUAGCUUCUCAAAGACCUUUACCUCCUCAAACUCGUAUGGGCGGCUACCCUGCUGUUCAAGCUUCUGAUCCAUCAAGAGUAUAUGGACCAAACCAGCAGUUCGAUCCAAACUCGAGCCAGGCUCAGUUUUCGGGUUACAUGGAUCCAUUUCAGCAAUUCCGCAGUCUCUACCCGAGCCAACCACCUCAGUUUCAGAAUCAAGCAGCAUCGUACCCAAGUUCAAGCAGGGUAAGUAGUAGCAAGGAAUCCGAGGAUCAUGGAAACCAAACAACAAGUUGAUGAGGCCCUGAGACAGAUGAUCUGUUUUCACAAGCAAUACACAAUUUUGAGAAAAUUGACAGAGAGAGAGACCUAACAUGUACAUCGCAGUUUCAUAUAUACAUAUGUAUUAUGUUCUUGUUGUUAUUCUCUCUUCCGGAUUGUAUACUACUUAGAGAUCUGUACAUGUAUCAGUUUCAUAUAUACCCAUAAAUUUAUUAUACAUACAGGUUGAAGAGGCUUA